AUGGGUGCCACGGCAGACCCCCCCGAGCCCCAGGCCCAGGGCGCCACAGAGGCCCCAGCCGGGCCCGCGCACCACCUGUUCCUCCCCGGCUGCAGCCGAGCCGAAGGGUCUCCUGGCGCCGGCAGCAGGCCCUGCCCCAGCCUGGGCCCCGUGCCCGAGGGCAGGGUGCUGAGUCCUCCACAGAGAGCGUUGGCGGCCCCCGCGUGGCCCUACCCCACGCCGCCCCCCGGCCCACGGAGCAGAGACCUGAGGACGUUGCAGGUUCUGGGGACACUGGCCAUGCUGUGGCUCGGUGGCGUGGCUCUCAUCUACCUCCUGUGGCGAGCACCCCAUCUGCCCGCCGGGGCCCUGGACUGUGGCCCCAGCCCAGCCCGGGGGCCCCUGUCGGGGGAGGACCGGCAGCAGCGGCCAGAGCCCUGUCAGCUGGCCCUCGUAGAGAGCUCCCCGCAGGACCUGCCCUUUGCGGCCGGCAGCCCGUCUGCACAGCCCCUGGCCCAGGCCUGGCUGCAGCUGCUGGACACCGCCCGGGAGAGCAUCCACAUCGCCUCCUACUACUGGUCCCUCACGGGCCCCGACAUCGGGGUCAACGACACGUCGGCCCAGCUGGGAGAGGCCCUCCUGCGGAAGUUGCAGCAGGCCCUGGACAGGAACGUGUCCCUGGCUGUGGCCACCAGCCACCCGACGCUGGUCAAGGGCUCCACCGACCUCCAGGUGCUGGCAGCCCGAGGUGCCCAGGUGCGGCGCGUGCCCAUGGGGCGGCUCACCGGCGGCGCCCUGCACUCCAAGUUCUGGGUCGUGGACGGGCAGCACAUCUACCUGGGCAGCGCCAACAUGGACUGGCGGUCCCUGACGCAGGUGAAGGAGCUGGGUGCGGUCAUCUACAACUGCAGCCGCCUGGCCCGGGACCUGGAGAAGACCUUCCAGACCUACUGGGUGCUGGGGGCCCCCAAGGCUGUGCUCCCCAAACACUGGCCUCAGAACUUCUCAUCCCACAUCAACCGCUUCCGGCCUCUCUGGGCCCGCUUCGAUGGCGUGCCCACCUCAGCCUACUUCUCGGCAUCGCCGCCUGAGCUCUGCCCCCGUGGCCGCACCCGCGACCUGGAUGCGCUGCUGGACGUGAUGCGGGAGGCCCGGCAGUUCAUCUACGCCUCGGUGAUGGACUAUUUUCCCACCACGCGCUUCGCCCACCCCGCCAGGUACUGGCCAGUGCUGGACAACGCGCUGCGGCAGGCGGCCUUCAGCUGGGGUGUGCGCGUGCGCCUGCUGGUCAGCUGCUGGCUCCACACGGACCCCAGGAUGUUCCCUUACCUGCGGUCCCUGCAGGCCUUCAGCGACCCCGCAGCCGGCAUCUCUGUGGACGUGAAAGUCUUCAUCGUGCCCGUGGGGAAUCACUCCAACAUCCCGUUCAGCAGGGUGAACCACAGCAAGUUCAUGGUCACCGAGAAGGCAGCCUACAUCGGCACCUCCAACUGGUCGGAGGACUACUUCAGCAGCACCUCGGGCGUGGGCCUGGUGGUCAGCCAGAGGGCCUCUGCCGCCCAGCCUGCGCAGCGCACGGUGCAGGAGCAGCUGCGGCAGCUGUUUGAGCGGGACUGGGGCUCCCGCUACGCCAUGGGCCUGGACGGACAAGCCCAGGGCCAGGACUGCGUGUGGCGGGGCUAGGCCCCCGCCCCCGGCCUUCCCAGCCCUUGGUGGGCGCUGCUCCCCACCCGGCCCGCCCCUCCCCGUCGGUCCCCCAGCCUGGGCUCCAAGCAGCUCUGCUCGCGCAAGCCGUGGUCAGGGUCAAGGCUGCGCAAGGCCCAGUGCAGCACUAGAAGCUGUUUGCUGCCCCUGCUCUGUAAAUACAGCCCCUUAACGGCCACCACCUCCUCCUGGGAGCCCCCCCGGGGCACCUCUGCAUGAU